AUGUCGAACAGAAGCUCCUUCAAUGAGUUCCUGCUCCUGGCAUUCUCAGACACGAGGCAGCUGCAGCUCUUGCACUUCUCGCUGUUCCUAGGCAUCUAUCUGACUGCUGUCCUGGGCAAUGGUYUCAUCAUCACAGCAGUAGCCUGUGACCACCACCUCCACACCUCCAUGUACUUCUUCCUUCUCAAUCUCUCCCUCCUCGAUAUUGGUACCAUCUCCACCACUAUCCCUAAAUCCAUGUCCAUUUCCCUGUGGGACACCAGAGACAUUUCCUACUCAAGAUGUGCUGCCCAGAUGUUUUUCAUUGUCUUUUUCAGUUUGGCYGAGUACUUUCUUCUCACUGUCAUGGCCUAUGACCGCUUUGUUGCAAUCUGCAGACCCCUGCACUAUGGAACAGUCCUGGACAGCACAGCUUGUGUCAAAAUGGCAGCAGCUGCCUGGGGCAGUGGUUUUCUCUGUGCUGUCCUGCACACUGCUAAUACAUUUUCUCUACCACUCUGCCAAAGCAAUGUCCUGGGGCAGUUUUUCUGUGAAAUUGCCCAGAUCCUCAAGCUCUCCUGCACAGGCUCCUACCUCAGGAAAUCUGGAGCUAUUCUGGUUACUGCCUGGUUAGGUUUGGGGUGCUUCAUUUUCAUUGUGUUGUCCUAUGUGCAGAUCUUCAGAGCUGUAUUGAAGAUCCCCUCUGAGCAAGGACGGCACAAAGCCUUUUCUACAUGCCUCCCUCACCUGGCCGUGGUCUCCCUGUUUCUCAGUACUACCAUGUUUGCCCACCUGAAGCCCCCAUCCCUUUCCCAGCCACAUUUGGAUCUGGUGCUGGCUGUUAUGUACUCAGUGGUACCUCCAACACUGAACCCCCUCAUCUACGGCUUGAGGAACAAGGAACUCAAAGAUGCAGGAAGGAGACUGUUCCAAUGGGUACAUUAUCAGCACCAAUAA